GAUUAUGCAUUAUAUAUAUAUUUCUUUAAUAUAACAAUUUUAAGAGAUAGUAUAAAUCACAAACUUGUUAUCUUUGGUAGUGUGUUUGAUAGAGACAACGAUAUUUCCGGGAUGAUUUAUGUACAUAAUCUCAUACGAAUACAAUUGCGGUUAUGUUUAUCUACAAACCGUUAUAUCAAACUGAUUUCACAAGAAGUGAACGUGACCGCGCAAGCUCUGUUUCCUUCAAUGAAAUGUCGUGCUUGCAUAUGGAACCGUUAACAAAGAGACAACGAUAAAAACCUGUGGGUAAAACACCUACAGCUGUGAUGAUCAAAAUGUCAUUUAGUUUGAUUAUUAGUGCAUGGCUAAUUAUUUUUGGUACUCUAACCAAAUUCACCAAUGGAGAAUUUGAAUUUUAUCAGGAUGCAGUUCCCGAAGCGCCACAAGAUAUAACCGCUUUAAAACAGUUUGCUGAAUACAUUACAAAUCAAAAUCGUAAACAACAAAUGCAUCAUUCAUAUUUAUUACCACUUCUGACCUCACAGAUUAACAUGAAACAUCAUUUGGAUCUUACCGAUCAAGAAAAGAAUGAACUUUUUAAAUCAUUAAAAGGAAAAUAUCAUUUCAACGAUAGAUUGAGAGAUGAAAGAUUAACACCAUGGAAUUACAUUUCUCAGAUUCAACCUAACGAUUUAAAACAGACAUUGCCUAAAAACGAUUAUAAUCUCUUAUAUUUUGGUACCAAUCCGAUGCUUAAGAAUGUUAAAUAUUACUUCAAUCCUAAAGUACCUUAUCGUAAUAAAUUUAUAAAAGAAAAUCCAAAGUAUAGGGAUAUUGAUGUUGCAUAUGUCCAAGACAAAAUGUCUCCAAAAGAAACUCUGUAUAAUCCUGAAAUUGAUGAUAAUGUUAACAAAGAAGCAUUGGUAAAGAAGUUUUUUCAUCAAAAUAAUCUUAUGUCUACAAAUAGACAAACAAUAGAAGAAAAUAAAAGCUUCAUACAACAAAUUGAACAAAUACAACCAGUUGAACAGAUGCAACCAAUUGAACAAUUACCUAAAUUUACAUAUUAUCUUGGUGAACCUGAUAUAAAAGAUAAACAUCCAUUUGCUAUUAAACCUAAUGAUCCUAGGUAUUAUAAAGAAAUCAUUUGGAAUGUUGAUACUAAAAGUAGUAAGGAAUAUGAAGAGAUGACUGUCGAACCAAUAACCAAUAAAGAAAAUUUAUUAGUCGAAACAACUACUGUAAAACAAUUAACGGAUACAGAUGUCAAGAAACACGAUGAAGUAGAAGAUAUUAAUGUUUCUACAUUAAUGGAAACAGAACAAUCUGAAGAAAAUCGUCCUUUUAUUUUUGCAAUGCCUCAAGAUUUAAAUGAUGAUAUAUAUUUUAUUGCUAUUAUUGCUGGUUGCAGUGCUGCGGCAAUGUUCAUCUGUGUAUUAAUCAGUUUAACGUGGUGCAGGUUGCAACGUGGAGUAAAAGCAGCUGCUGAUAUAGAAUAUCCAGCUUAUGGCGUAACAGGUCCAAAUAAGGACAUAUCACCUUCCGAAGACCAAAGACUUGCUCAAUCUGCACAAAUGUAUCAUUUCCAACAUCAGAAACAACAGAUUAUCGCUAUGGAAAAUCGUACCUCUGCAACUAGAGAUACGGGGUCUGUAUCCGAUGCAGAAAGCGAUGAAGAAAAUGAAGAAGGUGACUACACUGUCUAUGAAUGUCCUGGCUUAGCUGCGACUAGUGAAAUGGAGGUAAAAAAUCCUUUAUUCAACGACGUGCCAACUCCAGCUACACCAGCGCAUACUAAUAAAGAAGAGGACCAUAUGUAGUUUCAGUAAAUCGCAACCACAUUUACUUUGAAAAUCUUCUGUGGUGCUUAGCUCAUUGUUAACGUACCAUAUCAAAAAUAGCUAUCUGUAUUAAAGGUAACAAAUUUUAUUAUUAUUAUUAUUAUUAAUUUUAUUAUUAUUAUUAUUAUUAUUAUUAUUAUUAUAUGGGGAAUACCACCCAUAAGAAAAAAAUAUUUUAAUGAAAACAAACGUACGAAGUAUGAUUGCAGUUUUUAAAAACAAAGCUUUUUAAAUUAUAUUAAGAUUUUUAUAUGAUCAUUUUUUUUUUUAUUUAUUUAUUUAUUUAUUUUUUUUUUUAUUUAUCUUUUUCUUUAUAUGAACAUAAAUAGUAUAUAUAUUUUCAUAACGAUAGAUGAUAUUCAAUACGACUAUAUACAGCAAACUUUAAACAGAAUUUGAUGCAUUUUUAUGUGUUGCAUUUAUAUAUUAGAAAAUAUUACAUACAGAAAUGAGAUUUUUUAUUGCAUUUAUUUUCAUUGAAUUAUUAUGAUUAUUUGUAAAUGAUUUUAUUCAUAUAUUAUAACAUAUUAUUAUUAUAAUUGAAUUCUGUAUGGAAAGUUUUUGACUUGAAACUUAUGCGCAUUCAUGUAUUAAUAUAUAUAUAUAUAUAUA